UUUGCAAACCUUAUGCAAAUAAGAUAAUACACUUGGUUCUUUCCAUAGACGACGACAACUUGCUGUUCCCUAGAUACUAUGCGAACAAGUUAUAAAUUAUUCAGAAAAUGUGUUUUAUUUCCGCAAUUUCCUGAUUAUUUCGUCCAUCACCGAACAAACUUAACAAAAUGAUUAAGUCACAUCACAUACUAAGGCCUCGUUGUGUCCAAAAAAGGAAGUCACAUGACGCAAAUAGCCCUAGGCGAUUCCAGAAAUGGAAGUCACAUAAUACACCAAAAUUUGGUCGUGCUCAAAUAUAAAGGUCACACAAAAUCAUACUAUAUUGUGGAAAUCGCACAACACUAAAACUUGAUCGUGUGCAAAUAAGGAAAUCGCGUGCUUUGAUCGUCUUGUGACUUGGGUGUACCUAAACAAGAGAAACGCGCGGAUGACCAAGACUAUGUACAUGUGUGAUGCGAGUUACAUCUAUUGCAGACUUUCUACAGUUGUGAAACCCUCCGCCAAAGCGGAGCAAUUACGAAAAACGUAUUUACAAUUUAAAGGUGGUGUUUGUCGGUAAAAGACUGUCUACUUUUACUGUUGUUUUAUAAAGCUAAAGAAAUUGAAAGACUUGUUUUUAAGGUAACGUAAAAUUUGUUUUAUUUAGCUAUGAGUUAUCACAGGAAACACUGUUUCAUUAACUAUACCAUAAAUAACUGUUAUGAUCUUUUUCUGGCAACGUGACGGCGAACGGUGUGUUACGCCAGACGUCAUACUCAAAAAGUUUGACACCACGUGAAAGAAGAUCAAUUUGUUUGAUUGCUGGAGUGCUGUAUAAUCUAUUCUUUAGACUAGUUUUCUCCUAGUUUACUCGUGCGUAACACUCUCCCUUGUUAUUAAAGAUAGGACAUGUGGGAAGUGUAGCAUUUUUUUCUGCUCAGCUGUGCUGUGUUCCGUCAAUCGAGCUUUAUCGUUGAUUGGAAUUGAUUAAGGUAAUUUAGCUGUACAGUAUGUGUUUUAUUUACGGAAACUUUGAAGUACAUUAUCUUUUAAGCGAAAUGAAAUUUUGGUUGGUCGAGUUUUAAAACAAAGCAUCAUAGUUUUCUCAUCUCCAGCUUCAAGUGUUUUUUUUUUCUUUCGAUCUAGACAUCUCGUAGACGUUUACUUUACACCGUUUUAUAAAACUGGCUCCGCUCUUAGGCAGUACCAUAAUAUAUAUUCACGGACGCCUCCUUGUGUGGAUACGGGGCACGUUUAGUACCAUUUCUUUUUAGCAUCCCGAUGCUUGGUCAUGCAUGAGAAUUUUAAUUAUGCAAUUUUGAAUAUGUUUUUUUUAAAUACGAACUAAGCUAAAAACCUGCCGCUUAAAUUCAGGAGAACUCCAUUUGUUCCCUUUCUGUUUCCCGAUUUUUGUUGAAUUUGUUAUUUUCUUCACCUCUGACUGAUUUAUGCUUGCAUUUUAUGAGGGAGUCAUUGAUAGGCGCCUAGGAGACGUACCCAACUCGAUAACGGAUCAUUAGCGAUACGCCAACAUCUUGCUCGAUCCGAAAUGAGUCCGUCAUGUCGCUUCCUGGUUGUCAUAACAACUUUAGCGGGCCUUGUUUCCGCCAAAUACCCACUCUACAUCGGAGGGUUAUUCCCUAUGACGUCACUACACAGUGCUGAUAGCUGGACGGGAGGGAAUGGGAUCUUGCCGGCCGCGCAGAUCGCCUUGGCACAUGUGAACAGCGCGGGGGUCCUGUGGGAUUACGAGCUGAGGAUGAUCUGGAACGACACAGGGGGUUUUCCUGGACUGGCCGAGCACGUGGUGUACGACUUCCUCCACACCCCUCCCCGGAAGGUCAUGAUACUCGGGGCUGGUUACUCAUCCUGCAGCACUGUCGUGGCGUCGCUUACAGGGCUAGACUACUGGAAGAUACCACAGAUCUCCUAUGCGUCGACGUCACCCGAGCUGUCUAACAAGGCGUUCUACCCGAACUUUUACCGCACUAUUCCGGCAGACACAUCGUUUAACGCGCCGCGGAUCGCGAUAUUGAAAGAGUUCAACUGGUCACAUGCGGCCAUCAUAUACCAGGAAGAGGACAUUCAUCGAGCGGCUGUUGAGCAUCUUCAGGAGGAGUUUCUUAAAAACAAUAUUCAUAGGAUUACUUCUGAGGGAUUUCGCGAUAGCCCAGCCACACAGAUGGCUACUCUUAAAAAACGCGACGCCAGGAUCAUUUUUGGCAAUUUCUUUGGUUCCGGUGCACGCAAGGUCUUUUGCGAGGCGUACAAACUUGGCAUGUAUGGCUCGCGCUACCAGUGGAUAAUUCUGGGCUAUAUCGAGAAGAAUUGGUGGCUCCCUCAGGGCGCUUAUUCCGACUGCACGGCGGAGGAGGUUCUUAAGGCGGCCAACAGCCUCUUGAUGACGGACUAUCUGUGGCAUGCGACAGAUGAUAUGUUCACUGUAUCAGGCAAGACCGUUAAGCGGUUCUUUGAAGAGUAUGACAAUAAGGUUCCUGCUGCACUAAGAGAUGAGCACGCAGGUUAUGCUUACGACGCGGUGUGGACCAUGGCACUAGCCCUGAACCGUAGCAUUGCCAGGAAUCCUGGCCUAAGAUUGGACUUGCUGCCUUAUGGUGACAACAGUACGAACCAUGUCAUGAUACAAGAGCUGGCUCUGAUGAACUUCACGGGUGUAACGGGCCCGGUGGCGUUCACGAGCACUGGGGAUCGUAUCGGCGACACAAACAUCUUUCAACUGAUUGACGGAAAAAAGGUUCCAGUUGCCUUGUACCAGAGCUAUCUUGGGACCAUUAACUGGACAGGGUACAACACUAUCAUCUGGCCAGGUGGAUCUCCUCCGUCGGACCGCAUCAGACGUGCUUACCAGCUGCAGUCCGUCUCCGUCGUUCUGUUCGUCUUCAUGAGCGUCAUAUCGCUUGCAUGUAUCUGUGCAUCGCUCUUCUUCCUUUGGUUCAACACCAAAUAUAAAGCCAUCAGGUUCAUUAAGAUGUCGAGUCCAAACCUCAACAACGCCAUGAUCUUCGGCUGCGUGCUCAAUUACGUGUCUGUUCUGCUGUUUGGCUUGGAUGGCGGGCUGCUCACAAGGGGUCACGAUAUCGCCUGUGCGAGUCGGACAUGGAUGCUCUCCCUGGGCUUUUCCCUCGCGUACGGCUCCAUGUUCUCCAAAACCUGGCGGGUGCACACAAUCUUCACCAACCGAAAGCUAAGACGCAAGGUGGUAAAAGACCGUCACUUGUUCAUCAUUGUUAUGGCGAUUGUCUUCGUGGAUGUGGUGUAUCUGAGUGUCUGGCAGAUUCUAGAUCCGCUCACGAGUGUCUUGCGUCAAUCAACUACUCAGGACUUGGAGGACGUCGUGGUGGUAGUCCAGGUGCGACACUGCGAGUCUGCUGACACCUACCGCUGGCUCGGUGUGCUCUGUGGCUACAAGGGCCUGCUUCUGCUUUUCGGGGCGUUCCUGGCGUGGGAGACCCGGCGGGUUACUAUCGCCGCACUUAAUGACUCAAAGUAUAUCGGCAUGUCGGUCUAUAACGUGUUCGUCCUGUGUGUGAUCGGCGUGCCUAUGUCUUUGGUGAUGAGAGAUCAUCCGGACGCAUGUUACGCCAUCGUGGCCAUCUCUAUCAUCUUCUGCACGUCAAUCACACUCUGCCUCGUUUUCAUUCCAAAGGUGAUAGAGAUGCGUCGGAUGAUGGCGGUGGGAGGGCAACCUGAGAAUGUGUUCACGUCUAAUUCCCUGGCGCGCGCCAACCUCCAGGAGACGAUGAAUACGAUGGGGACGAUAGACGAGCUCAACCGACAGCUCGCAGACUUCAAGGCAAAGCUAUCUAAGAGUGAAACAGAGGUCGAGACUCUAAGACAGCGCUUGCGGCAUUACGAAGAGGGGCCGUCUGCAUCUAUUGCGAGCACGAGCGAAACAACAGGCGAAGAUAGCGUCGCUACCGCCAUCGCGGAAACAUGUGGCCAGAACAGUGAGCAAAAUGCGGAGGAGCUAAACAAUACAGAGAGACGCUCCACUAGAGGUACAUAGACAAUCCAAAUAAGAGCUAAGAGGCAACAAGGAGGCAACAUGGACGAUACUAAAAAGAUGGCAACAGUUUGCAACAUGGACGAUACUAAGAAGAGUCCUUACAGACUCACAGAGGCAACACGGACGAUACUAAAAAGAUGGCAACAGUUUGCAACAUGGACGUUACUGUGAAGAGCUCGUGGAGGAAACAUAAACGAUAGCAAGUAGAACUAGAAAAAACAAUGAAGAAGAGCACCUAGAGGCAACAAGAGAGUAGCAUACUAGACAAAAAAGCGCCUUAUGACGCUUUCCCAUUUCCGAUCUUUCAGCAUACGUUCCUUUCCCUGCAGCAAAUAUUUCGUACCUUUCGCAGCAAAAAGGAUAAAAAAAAGAAAAUAUGUGUUGUAAUUAUUAAGAGUUAUUUGUGAAUACAUAUAAAUACAUAUAAACACAAA